UCAGCCAAGUUUGGAAGUUACUCACUGAUGGACCUAAGGAGCAGCACUAUUAUUGAUCUGCAACUAGUUCAGAGUAAUGAAGUUGGAGGGAGCAACAACAUGGAGAAAGAGGGUCUGAGGAGGAGCCUUGAUCUCUUGAGGGCACACGGUGUGACUUUUGACAGCAUUGUUACAGACCGGCACCCUCAAAUACAAAAACACCUGCGGGAGGCCAACAUCACACAGUAUUUCAAUGUGUGGCACAUUGAAAAAGGAGUAUCAAAGAAACUGCUGAAGAUUGCUCAGAACAAAGACUGUGAAAAACUGCAGAAGUGGUAUCGCAGUAUAAAAAACCACAUAUAUUGGACAGCGGCUUCUUCUUCAUCAGGGACAGAGCGAGUGGCAAAGUGGACAUCAAUUCUUAAUCACAUCCAAGACGUGCACACACAUGAUGAUCCCGUUUUCCCACAGUGUUUGCAUCCGCAAAGCAAUACAACGGACAAGAGCAAGUGGUUGAGAGCAGGAACAACUGCCUUUUCUCGAUUAGAGAAGAUCCUCAGAAACAAGAGGAUUCUGAAGGAUGUUGAAAAACUGAGCCCUCACCAUCAGACCUCAUCACUGGAGGCGUUCCACGGCGUAAUUCUGCGCUUUGCGCCAAAGAAUGUUGUCUUUUCUUUCCUGGGAAUGUUAUGCAGACUGUACCUGGCAGCCCUACAUUUUAAUGAGAAUGCUGGGCGUCCCCAAGCCAUGACAGCAGCUGGAGAGCCACUAUUUAAGGUGGUUUUCCCAAAAUACAAGAAAGGACAAUAUUCUGCAAAGCCAGUGAAAAUAGAACCAACCUUCCAGUACGUGGACAACCUGUUGGAACUUAUCUUUGAGAACGUUGUUGUGGACCCAACCCCUUAUAUGGACGAUAUCCUGAAGAUCUCCAUACCUGAGGAUCUCACUUCUCAGUUUGACAAAACAGACAAACAAACAGGAAGUGAUAGACAGCUAUGUGUCUAGGUUUAAUCAAGGGCAGGUCUGAACCCUACAUAUUGUCCAUGAGCAUUAGGGAAUUUUGCCCUUAUUCGUCGCACCACACAGGAGGGCAGCACAACCCUGAUUCUCCAGCCCAGAAUGCCCCCAACACCAGCUGACGAAACUUCUGUAUGCUAAAAACCUGUAACGGCUGAGAAAAUUAAAGCAUUUUUUGCUGUGAAAAUA